GUGUCCUCUUUCCUUUCCUCGCAGGCGUUUGUUCAGCAACACAGAUGAACAACAGGAAGGAGGACAUGGAGAUCUCCUCUCACUACCGUCAGCUCCUCAGAGAGCUCAAUGAGCAGAGGCAGCACGGCAUCCUCUGCGACGCCUGUGUCAUCGUGGAUGGAAAGAUCUUCAAGGCCCACAAGAACGUCCUCCUGGGCUCCUCACGCUACUUUAAGACUCUUUACUGCCAGGUAAAGAAAGGGGCGGAGCCUCACCACCAGACGACUGUCACUCACCUGGACAUCGUCACAGCGACGGGAUUCAAAGCCAUCUUGGAUUUCAUGUACUCAGCGCACCUAGCUCUGACCAGUAAGAACGUGAUCGAGGUCAUGUCGGCCGCCAGCUACCUGCAGAUGACCGACAUCGUCCAGGCGUGUCACAGCUUCAUCAAGGCUGCGCUGGACAUCAGCAUCCGCUCUGAGAUGGCUGAUGAAAUGGCUGACUUUGAAAUGGGAGCUGUGGCUGCUGUCGGCAUCGGUGGAGGAGGCGCUGGAGGUGGAGGAGGAGUGAGCUUAGCGGGAACAGGGAACAUUGUGGGAGCCACGUUAGGCGGAGGAGGCGGGGGAGGAGGAGGAGGAGGCGGAGGAGGCGGGAUCAUGGGCAUAGCUUCCGAAGCUCUCGCCUCCAUCAUGUCCGGUCGCAGCACCUCCCCUUGGCUGGCACGACGCACCAGCCCGGCCAACUCUUCUGGGGACUCGGCCAUCGCCAGCUGCCACGAGGGAGGCAGCACGUAUGGCAAGGAGGACCAAGAACCUCCCAAGAGCCACGAGAGCCAGGAGGAAGCCUGUCACGACUCUCAGCCUGCCUGGCCACAUGACUACAGGCCCAUUACCGUCAAAGAGGAACAGGUUUCCCCCAACUCCUCCUCUCAUGCCAGGGGGAGAGCACAGAGCCAGGGAGAGCAAGGGAGUGGAGGAGCCGCAGGAGGAGGUGGGGAGGGACCCUGGCAACCCCUGUCAGGGUCAGGGCGGAGGAAGAACAGGAAGAACAAGGACACGGUCAGACAUAUUACCCAGCAGGCUGAGAGUAAGUGGGACAGAGACCGAGACAGGGAGAGAGACAGGGACAGUAGGCCUGGAUCUCCUCUGCCCUCCAUGUUGACAGUGGCUGGAUGGAACUACAGUGGACAGGACAUCCCAGGUAAACAACACCCUACAAACCUACUCUGUUUUCAGACUUGGUUCAAAAGAAACACAGCUGCUCUCCUGUGGCUGCCAUGA